CAAAAGCGCCGGCACUUCCGGGAGCGCCGCGGGACGGAGGGGGAGGAUGAGCUGGAUCCCGUUCAAGAUCGGGCAGCCCAAGAAACAGAUUGUACCCAAGACAGUGGAGAGAGACUUUGAAAGGGAAUAUGGGAAGCUGCAGCAAUUGGAAGAUCAGACCAAAAAACUUCAGAAAGAUAUGAAGAAAAGCACAGAUGCAGAUUUGGCCAUGUCCAAAUCUGCUGUGAAGAUCUCCUCAGACCUGCUGGCCAACCCCCUGUGUGAGCAGGAGCCCUCGUUCCUCGAGAUGGUCACGGCCUUCGACACGGCCAUGAAGAGGAUGGACUCCUUCAACCAGGAGAAGGUGAAUCAGAUCCAAAAGACAGUGAUAGAGCCUUUGAAAAAGUUCAGCAGUGUUUUCCCAAGCCUGAACAUGGCUGUGAAGCGCCGGGAGCAGACACUGCAGGACUACAAACGCCUGCAAUCCAAGGUGGAAAAAUAUGAGGAAAAGGAAAGAACUGGCCCUGUCCUGGCCAAGCUACACCAGGCCCGGGAGGAGCUGCGCCCGGUGAAGGAGGACUUUGAAGCCAAGAACAAGCAGCUCCUGGAGGAGAUGCCCAAAUUCUACAGCAGCCGCAUUGAUUACUUCAAACCCAGCUUCGAGUCGCUGGUCCGGGCACAGGUUGUCUACUACACGGAAAUGCACAAGAUUUUUGGGGACCUGACGGCGCAGAUCGACCGGCCCGGGCUGAGCGAUGAGCAGCGGGAGCGGGAGAACGACGCCAAGCUCAGCGAGCUCCGGGCACUCUCCAUCGUGGCCGAUGACUGAGGCCGGGCCAGGGAUGGGGAGGGGAUGGGGAUCCCCCCUUCACCCCAGCUCCCAGCCCAGGGAUGGAGUUGAAGGGUUGGAACUGCUCCUGUCACCCCAGGGCUCCAUGUUCCUACCAGGGUCUGGAUCAGCGUUGUCGCUCCACAAAUGAGUUUUGCCUUAAAUUUUGGGGUGUGGAGGAGCAGGAAAGGAAGUGAUCGCGCCUGGAUGAAGACGGGGAGUGGGAUGGGGGAUGUUGCUGGAUUUUCCAAGGUUCCAGCCUCCCUUGGCCCCCCCAGAACCCAGAUGGUGAGACCCUCACUCCUCCCCCUCAUUUUGUGCCUUAGGAGCCCAGUGGCCCCCUCAGGGCACUCCAAAAACCGCUCAAAUCCCAUUUUUUUUUUUUGAGGCACAGCGUGAUGCUUCCCGUGGCGAGCAUCCAUCCUUCUUUUCCCAGCACCGGUACAAAGAGCUGGGGACAGGGGACCCCAGAGCAGGGACAGGUAGGGACAUCCUUAAGGGAGACAACGCAGCCAGGAGCAAACCUGUGAAAAACUCGGGGGCUGUGCAGCCCCUCCUGGGCGUGCGGGGAAGAGCCACAGGGAGUGUGUCGCUUGUACCAAAUAAAGUUUUUGGCAGCGGAGCGCGGCCGGGGCCAUGCCGGUGUCGCUGUCACCGCCGGGCCGCUGUCGCCCUCUGCCGCCGCCCGGCCGCCACUGCAGAGGGGACACCGAGGGGCUUGGGGUGUCCGAGGAAGAGAGAAACUGGGAUUGAAAUUCCCCCCCUGGAAGCGCGGGAAGGAAACGGCGCCAAAGC